CUUAUUGAUGAACGGAUAUGGACCUUUUUAAAUUCAAGCUGAUUAUGUGUUGUAGUUUUCUGUUUUCUUGUGUGUGUUUGCGCUUGAGUGGAGUCUCUUGGAGGGUUAUCAGCAUCGCUUGUCUCACAAGUAGUCAGCCUCAGAGCAGAAUAGAGACACUCAUUAUGGAACAGAUUUCAAUUCGCACAUGUUUGUUUUUUUUUCUUUUUCUUUUUCUUUUCUUUUUUUGACUAAUUUGGUUAUUUGCCAUUUCUGGGGAUUAAACUUUAAAAAAUGUUCUUCUUUUCUGUAUCUGAUGUUCUGUGUGCUAUUAGUGACGCAGCCAACACGAACGGUUGUCAUGUGUAACACAACUUUCGAUCACCGCGAAAACAGCGUCCUGGGAAAGCGUCCAUGCUUGAUAUCGUUUGGUUCAUGAACAUUAAGUUUCCAGUACAGGUAAAAUCCCAGAGGAAGCCAAAGCCCUAUCUUUACUGGCUCCUGCUCCAACCAUGACAAGCCUGGUCCCUGGUGCAGGAUUGCUUCCCAUCCCGACUUCCAGUCCCCUGACGGCCGUGAGUAGUCUUGGUGUUUCACUUAGCAGUUUGGGAGCCAUACCAGCAGCAGCACUGGACCCAAAUAUUACAACACUUGGAGAGAUCCCACAGCCACCACUUAUGGGAAAUGUGGAUCCUUCCAAAAUUGAUGAAAUUAGGAGAACAGUUUACGUUGGAAAUUUGAAUUCACAGACAACGACAGCUGAUCAGCUACUUGAAUUUUUUAAACAAGUUGGAGAAGUGAAGUUUGUUCGGAUGGCAGGUGAUGAGACUCAGCCAACUCGGUUUGCUUUUGUGGAAUUUGCAGACCAAAAUUCUGUACCAAGGGCCCUUGCUUUUAAUGGAGUUAUGUUUGGAGACAGGCCACUGAAAAUAAAUCACUCCAACAAUGCAAUAGUAAAGCCUCCUGAGAUGACACCUCAGGCUGCAGCUAAGGAGUUAGAAGAAGUAAUGAAGCGAGUACGGGAGGCUCAGUCAUUUAUCUCAGCAGCUAUUGAACCAGAGUCUGGAAAGAGCAAUGAAAGGAAAGGCGGUCGGUCUCGUUCCCACACUCGCUCAAAGUCCAGGUCUAGCUCAAAAUCCCAUUCUAGAAGGAAGAGAUCACAGUCAAAGCACAGGAGUAGAUCCCAUAACAGGUCACGCUCAAGACAGAAAGAUAGACGUAGAUCCAAGAGCCCACAUAAGAAACGCUCCAAGUCUCGGGAGAGGCGGAAGUCAAGGAGCCGAUCACGGUCACGGGACAAGAGAAAAGAUAACCGAGAAAAGGUGAAGGAAAAGGAAAGAGCAAAGGAGAGAGAGAAGGAAAAGGAGCGUGAAAAAGACAAGGAGCGGGGUAAAAACAAAGACCGCGAGAAGGAAAAGGAACCAGAUAAAGACAAGGAGCGGGAAAGAGACAAAUCGAAAGAGACAGAUGAAAAACGCAAGAAGGAUAAAAAGUCCAGAACACCACCCCGAAGUUACAAUGCUUCAAGAAGAUCUCGUAGUACCAGCAGAGAGAGGCGGCGGCGGAGGAGCAGGAGUUCUUCCAGAUCACCAAGAACGUCAAAGACCAUAAAAAGAAAAUCUUCACGGUCCCCGUCUCCCAGGGGUCGAAAUAAGAAGGAUAAAAAGAGAGAGAAAGAACGGGACCACAUCAGUGACAGGAGAGAAAGAGAGCGGUCCACCUCCACAAAAAAGAGUUCUGGUGACCGAGAUGCGAAGGAGAAGGUAGAGAAGACCAACACCCCAGUGAAGGAGAAGCAGCACAGUAAAGAGACAGAGUCCAGUGUGAGCAAAGAUACAGAGGACAAGGACUCGGCGCGGACUGAGGAAGAGAACAAGCUGCAGCAGAACGGGAGCUGCCAGCCGAGUGAAGAGAGCCUCUGCAGCAAGGCCGAUGCUGUGUAGGCCGCCAGCCGCGCCCCCCCUCCGCUGUGGGGUCAAACCCAAAGCUUUCAGUUCACAACAAGGUGUAAACAGGGAAGAAACCCAUGUGUGGGAACUAACAACUUUUCCGGCUAGGAGGUGACAUGUGGACGUCUUGUUACUGAGCGUGGACAUCAUGAAGUACCAGAUGUUACCCAAACUCACCAUCUUCUGAAGUCUGCAUUUCCAUGAUGGCCGCCACACUUGUCAUGCGGUGCGUUAGUGUUUGCCAGGAGCAUGGCAAAUAACUUGGACAUCAGAGAUGCAGGAUGGAACUAUCCCUUAAGACCAGAGAUGAGCAUUGGAGGCUCUAAAAAAUGCUAGUACUGAAUUUUGUAUUGUUUUACUUUUUUAAAAAAUAUUUCAAUAUAUACAGUUUGAUGAUGUGCUUGAAAUUUGUGCAAAUAUACACACACUCUUGUAAAGUGCAAAGUAUGUAAGAAGUUUUAACAUUUACUUCACAGGGCUUACAGUGAUUGGUAAAUUCUCACCAUUGUGUUUUCUUUUGCUCAUUGUUUUGGA